AGUAACGCAACCGAACUGCAAGCCCCACAAACCGUCGCGGGCCCUCAGCAUCCGGGACACCGUCCGCAAGGCUCUCUGGGUAUUGUGGUCCGUUCCUUCGGCAGCAACCCUCUGCCGGCGGUAAAAUUCCAGCCAAACCUGGGACCACAACUCCCAGCAAGCCUUGCUGCCGCGCGGGGGGUCUUCACGUUCUCGUGGCGCGGCGCAGCCGCACUAGGGCCUCGGCGCGGACCGCGCAGACUGAAUAAUAAAAGGGGAGCGGCGAAGAGGCAGGAAGACAGGACCAUGUCGAAGGGCCCCGGGCCCGGCGGCUCCGCAGCUUCCUCGGCGCCCCCGGCCGCUACCGCUCAGGUGCUGCAGGCACAGCCCGAGAAACCGCAGCACUACACGUACCUGAAGGAAUUCCGCACUGAGCAGUGCCCGCUCUUUGUGCAGCACAAAUGCACUCAGCACCGGCCCUACACCUGCUUCCACUGGCAUUUCGUGAACCAGCGUCGCCGCCGGUCCAUCCGCCGUCGGGACGGCACCUUCAACUACAGCCCCGACGUCUACUGCACCAAGUACGACGAGGCCACGGGCCUCUGCCCGGAGGGCGACGAGUGCCCGUUCCUGCACAGGACCACGGGGGACACCGAGCGCCGGUACCACCUCCGCUACUACAAGACCGGAAUCUGCAUCCACGAGACCGACGCAAAGGGCAACUGCACGAAAAACGGCCUGCACUGUGCUUUCGCUCACGGGCCCCAUGACCUCCGCUCCCCCGUCUACGACAUCAGGGAGCUCCAGGCCAUGGAGGCCUUGCAGAACGGCCAGACCACAGUAGAGGGCAGCAUGGAAGGCCAGUCGACUGGGGCCGCGAGCCAUGCCAUGAUAGAAAAAAUCCUCAGUGAGGAGCCACGGUGGCAAGAGACCGCUUACGUGCUGGGGAACUACAAGACGGAGCCCUGCAAGAAGCCCCCGAGGCUGUGCCGCCAGGGUUACGCCUGCCCCUACUACCACAACAGCAAGGACCGGCGGCGGAGCCCCCGCAAGCACAAAUACAGGUCGUCUCCAUGUCCAAACGUAAAGCACGGGGACGAGUGGGGAGACCCCGGCAAGUGUGAGAACGGAGACUCUUGCCAGUACUGCCACACGCGCACGGAGCAGCAGUUCCACCCCGAGAUCUAUAAAUCCACCAAGUGCAACGACAUGCAGCAGUCGGGCAGCUGUCCCCGAGGACCCUUCUGCGCCUUUGCCCACGUAGAACAGCCCCCCCUCAGUGAUGACCUGCAGCCUUCCUCAGCUGUGUCCAGCCCCACCCAGCCAGGCCCCGUCUUGUACAUGCCAUCUGCUGCCGGAGACUCGGUGCCUGUGAGCCCCUCGAGCCCGCACGCCCCAGACCUCAGCGCUCUCCUCUGUAGAAACAGCAGCCUCGGCAGCCCGUCUAAUCUCUGUGGCUCCCCACCCGGCUCCAUUCGGAAGCCCUCCAAUCUGGAAGGCCUUGUCUUUCCUGGGGAGUCUGGCCUUGCCCCUGGCAGCUAUAAGAAGGCUCCUGGCUUUGAGAGGGAAGACCAGGUGGGAGCUGAGUACCUGAAAAAUUUGAAAUGCCAGGCCAAGUUAAAACCCCACUCACUAGAGCCCAGGAGUCAAGAGCAGCCUCUGCUUCAGCCAAAACAGGACGUGCUGGGCAUCCUCCCCGUGGGCAGUCCCCUCACCUCCAGCAUCUCUUCCAGCAUCACCUCCAGCCUAGCAGCCACUCCCCCUAGCCCUGCUGGCACCAGCAGCGUCCCUGGCAUGAAUGCAAAUGCUCUGCCCUUCUACCCCACCAGCGACACGGUAGAGUCGGUCAUAGAGUCCGCGCUGGAUGACCUCGACCUGAACGAGUUUGGGGUGGCUGCCCUAGAGAAGACCUUCGACAACAGCACGGUGCCCCACCCAGGCAGCAUCACCAUGGGUGGCAGUCUACUGCAGAGCUCCGCGCCUGUGAACAUCCCCGGCUCCUUGGGCAGCUCUGCCUCCUUCCACUCCGCGUCCCCGUCCCCUCCCGUCAGCCUCUCCUCACAUUUCCUGCAGCAGCCCCAGGGCCACCUGAGCCAGUCAGAGAACACAUUUUUGGGGACCUCAGCAUCCCAUGGAUCUUUGGGUCUGAAUGGGAUGAACAGCAGCAUCUGGGAGCACUUUGCCUCUGGAAGCUUCUCCCCGGGCACGUCCCCUGCCUUCCUGUCAGGGCCGGGGGCUGCCGAGCUGGCCCGGCUUCGGCAGGAGCUGGACGAAGCCAACGGCACCAUCAAGCAGUGGGAGGAGUCCUGGAAGCAGGCCAAGCAGGCUUGUGAUGCCUGGAAGAAGGAGGCAGAGGAGGCCGGGGAGCGGGCCAGUGCGGCGGGUGCGGAGUGCGAGCUGGCCCGGGAGCAGCGGGAUGCCCUGGAGGUGCAGGUGAAGAAGCUGCAGGAGGAGCUGGAGCGGCUGCACUCCGGCCCCGACCCGCAGGCCCUGCCCGCCUUCCCGGGCCUGGAGGCCCUCUCACUCUCCACCCUCCACUCUCUCCAGAAGCGGCUACGGGCUCACCUGGAGCAAGUGGACAAGGCCGUGUUCCACAUGCAGUCGGUGAAAUGCCUUAAGUGUCAGGAGCAGAACCGCGCCGUGCUGCCGUGCCAGCACGCCGUGCUGUGCGAGCUCUGUGCCGAGGGCAGUGAGUGCCCCGUCUGCCAGCCGGGCCGGGCCCAUCCCCUCCAGUCGUGACCCUGCAGGCCUGGCCCCGGCCUGGCUCAGAGCUUCUCACCUAGGACUUUUUAAAGUAUAUAUAUAUAUGUAUGUAUGUAUGUAUGUAUGUAUGUAUGUAUGUAUAUGUAUAUGAUUAUGUAUAUGUAUACAUUUCUGUACGUGUGCAGGUAUGCGUGGGCAGCCAGCGUGUGAACAGUGUCUGUGUGUAUAUCUGUACAUAGAUAUAGACACACACUUUAAAACAGACUUACCAAGCACUUUUUAAAAGAAAAAAACUAUUUUGCAGUUCUCCCCCUGCCCGCUCCCUACCUUUCCUGCUGCCGAGACAAAGUCCCCUCUUCUCCCACCAGCCUUCUGGCAGGGAAUUUGUUUCUGUCUCUUUUUUAUGUAGGAACUAACUAUUUUUAACUUUUUCCUGGGGCCUGAGCAGGUCAGGGUGGGAAGCUCGAGGGGGCCGAGGGGAGGGGACAAGCCUUCAGGGCAGGCCCUGUUCACCCCGCCUUCCCAGGCCAGGGCGAGCGCCAGAGUGAGGAGGACCCAGGGGCAACCCUGGUUCCCAGCUGUGAGGCUGAGAGGGGGUCCACUCCCGCCGAGCUCCUAGGUUUACCAAAUGUGUAUUUAGUCCGGGCUGGCAGGCCAAAGCUGUGGGGCCAGCCCCACUCCCGACCCUGGGCCCUUGACGCUCCUCGAGGGGCAAAGCCCAGGCGUUCUUACCCCUCAGGUACCUGAGGCCGGGGGUCUUCCCCAGCCCUCCCCCCAGCCCUGGGCUCCUGGAGCGGCCUCCCUGGCCCUGGGGCACCUGGAGGCUGGCACUGCCCUUUCCACCCCACCCCUGCACAGCCCUCCCCCUGGCAGCUAGCAGGGCAGUGGGCGGGGAGGAGCUGCAGACCGUGAGGACCAAGGCAGGGCCCUGUAUGCAUUCCGUGGUGCUCUCUGAGUGCAGCUGACGUCCUGCCCCGGUGGGGGGCAGGCGCCCGUGUGCAUGUGUGUGCGUGCCUGUCCGAUGUAUAUUGUGUCUUAGCUUCCAUUUUAAAAACUGUUCUGUACAGAGAGAUGCGGCAGGGGUGGGAGGGCAGAGUGGGCAGAGGGAGGCCACCCCGCCCCCGCACGGGGGGCGGUCUAGGGUGGGAGCGAGAGGGCCGCAGGGGGUCUGGCCCGGCCCAGGCCCCACCUUGGGCUUAGCACGAAAGGGCUUUCAAUGAAUCAAGUGAAAACUUUUUUACAAAAAUGCAAAAAUCAAAGCUCCAAACGUAUUGGAAAAUAAAAUAUGAACUUGUGA